AUGUCUGGAACAAUGUUUUGUUAUCAAGCUGCUGCAUGGAGCAUUGCAUCGAUGGUAACGGCCCUCAUCUUCAUGCCAAAAUUUCGUGAAAUGAAUUUUACCAGUAUUUAUGAGUAUUUAGAGAAACGUUUCGAUCAAUCAGUACGUACAUGUGCUUCUGUCACCUUCUCAGUAUACAUGUUUAUAUAUAUGGCUUUGGUACUCUAUGCACCGUCACUAGCACUUAGUCAAACUACGGGAUUGAACAAAUGGCUUUCAGUCGUCUCUAUUGGUGUCGUUUGUACUUUCUACUCCUCAGUGGGUGGCAUGAAAGCAAUUAUUUGGACUGAUGUUUUGCAAGCAUUGGUGAUGUAUGUUGGUGUUCUCGUUGUCAUUAUUCAAGGUUUGAUUCUCGUUGGUGGUUUCAAGCGAGCAUUUUCGAUUGCUUCUCAAGGUGAUCGUAUUGAAUUCGAUAAUGUGAGUUUCGAUCCUCGAACGCGUCACACAAUUUGGUCAAUUUUGAUUGGUAACUCAUUUAAUGCAUUGUUGACUUAUGGUUUCAAUCAAAUGCAAGUACAACGAUAUAUGUGCGUUCGAUCGACACGAGGGGCACAAGCAGCUCUUUUCAUUAAUAUAGUUGGCGUUGCUUGUCUCAUUCUUCUCUCCUGUUUAAUGGGUAUUAUUCUUUAUGCGUACUACGCCGAUUGUGAUCCAUAUACGGCCGGUCGUAUCCAAAAUGUUGAUCAAAUCUUUCCAUACUUCAUUAUGGAUGCAUUGGGCAACAAGAAGGGUAUACCGGGCUUGUUUCUUGCUUGCGUUUUCUCGGGUUCACUUUCAACCAUUUCAUCUGGACUCAAUAGUCUGGCAGCAGUUAUUAUCGAAGAUAUUUACAAG